GUUGAGUGAAAUGUCGAGAAACGCAGCUUAACUUUUCGUUUCAUACGCAAAUUCGGUUUCCAAAGUUUAAGCUUAAAGCGCCAGCCAUGGAGAAUUCCGCGUAUGUUCCCAACUCGGGACACUUAAACUCACCAGCUUUGGUUGUUUUUUCGCAAGCCGCCGGCGGUUUGCAAGAUGCGCUUCGAAUUCAAAGACCAUUUAAUCCUCAGUUUGUGAUGUCCGAGGCUCAAAAAGAACUGCAUAGGCCAUUCUCAGCUACCCCUUUUGGUCUAAGGCACAUGGAAGCUUAUAGUGGAAUUCCAGCGCACAUUCUAAACCAUUUGCAACCUCAAUUCCUACAUCCUGGCUUAUCAUUGGGUUCAGGGGCGUUUCGACCCCUGGCCGAUCUCAAAUCAUUUCCUUCACCAUCUGCUUUUGCACCUCCUAAAUGCUUGAAAAUUGAAACUGCAAAUGAAGGUAUGCACGGAGGACACAGCCAUGGAAUAUUUUCCCCGUCGGAUGAUCGAAUUUUGGGCCCGAGUCCGAGGGGCACUGACUCGUGCUCACCAGCUAGCACGUCGUUGUCACCUCAACCGCAAAAUGCCUCUGUCAAAGAGGAAAGUUUGGAUACUCAAAUGUCUGAAGAUGGAGAACAUCAGUCGCGAACUACCGACACCGAUUCUCCCGGAAUGCAUGAUGAUGGAAGAGGAUUUCGAAUAGGCCCUUUAUUUGGUGCAAGCUUUGGAAGCAAUGGAGCUUACAGUUUUUCUGUUCCUGGUCUACCUCCUGCUGCCCAUGCAUUAGCUAAGUCCGGCUUCCUAUUUGAUCAUGAUCUAGUCCUAAAUAAGAAAAAGAGAGAUCCAUCCAGCUGUCCGGUUUGUGGAAUCACUGUAUCGUCGGGUGAUCUGGAGAGUCAUUUCAUGCAAGAGCUGGAAAGAUUAUACAAAUUAAGUGGAACUGGAAUGGCAGCGAGUAGGAAACGAAAUACCAGAGAUCCCGGCAGACCUCCAGCUUUACCUGGUGACAGUGGACCAGAAGGUCGUUGGGAGACAUUUCAACGAAUUAAAAAUAACAGACAGGGUAGAUUAAGACUUAAAAUCAGGAAACGCAAGGCAGACGACGGUUGCCCAAUUUGCACCGGAAGACCCCACAGAACUCAAGAAGAAUUAAACAUGCAUGUGGAGCAGUGCUCUAGAAAAAAUCUGCACGAUGAAGAUGAAACGGUAGACGUUGAAGGCGACUCAGAAUUAGAAGACUGGCACGAAAGUCAAAGGCAACGGAGAUCUUCUUUGGUCAGCGGCAUAUCUCUUAAUAGCUCGCACCGAAUCACCGAAGUUGAUAAUGAGGGAGACGAUGUUAUUGUAGAUGGAGAUGAACCUGAAGAAAAUAGUUUCGGACCAUCGCAAUAUUCCGAGUCCGAUGUUGUAAUGAAGGAAAUUCGAGAAAAAGACGGAGUGCAAUCUCAAGUUGCCACAGUAAAUUCCAGUGGUGAUGUAGAAAUUAAACCGGAAUCUCAGUCAAACUUGCCCGUCCAAAUCGGACAACAGUGUGAUAGUAAUGUGAGUACAUCAGACGCAGAGCCCAGCAGCCGUCUUCAGCUAAUAGAAGAGCUUCGACUUCGUAUAAGGCAACUUGAAGCUGAAGCUGCAGCUAAUGGGGAACAAACUUCUUCCAGUGAAGUACCAACCGCACACCCUGACGACUACAAGUGUUUAAUUUGCUUGGAACAUUACAAGAAACCGGUCAUAUCAACAGUAUGUUGGCACGUCCACUGUGAAGAGUGUUGGCUUCACACUUUAGGGAGCAAAAAAGUUUGUCCUCAAUGCAGUAUGAUAACUUCUCCCACUGAUCUCAGGCGAAUUUUCAUGUAAAACUAUCUUAAUGUCAGAUAUUAAACUACCUAUCGCACUUACUAAUUGUCGUAGCUAGACCGAUUUGCACACAGUUACUCAUUUGAUAAAUACAUUUGCACUCGUAUCAAUGUCUCGUCUUUAUCAUAGUAAUCUUAACUAAAUCGUAUAUCAUAUAUGAAAAUUUUCAAUUAUAAAACUGAGGUGUAAUUAACGAAUUUUGGUAUUCCAGAUUGCCAAAUCAAAUAAAUAUUUAUUGUGAAUUUAAUAUUUUUACUCGAAACUGCAAUACUUCUAAGUUUGUAUAUAAAAAAUGCGUGUAUUAAUUCAUCCUUUUCAAAAUAUCAGAAUGAACAAGCAUAUAAUUUUGAUGUUAAUUGAAAAUUCAAGCAUAUUAAUGUGAUCUUUAUCAUUUUAGAGAUAAAUUAUUUAAAUUAUCUAAUGGACUUGAAUGUCAUUAUGCAUUACUUAAAUUUGUAAUAUAUUGUUGAUUUUUA